CGCGGGGUGGUGGCUGCCCCGCUCCCCUCCGGGAGAGGCGAAGCCCCAGCGGCGUUGCUCGCUGGGCAGCCCCGACCUCGGUGGGCGGCUGUUGGCGAAGACGCCCGUCGGGGCUGAAGGAGCUCCCGCCCGCCCCUGCCCCCCAUGCGGCGCAGGCAGCGGGCUCUCCGCUCGCCGCCGCGUUUGUCUUUGUGGGCGGGUUGGCGGCUGCCGGGAGCCCGCCAUGGGGCGGCCGCACCGGAGCUGUUGAAGCGGCGGUGGAGAAGCAGCUGGACGGCCCCAUGGAGGAGCGGGAAAGCGAGCUGCGCUGGGACGGGCUGUGCAGCCGCGACGCUGCCACCCGCGCCGCCGCCUUGGACACCAUCGGACAAGCCGUUCUCCGGCGUAGCGAGACCAUCGCUCCCGUGGCGGCCGUGCCGCCUACCCGGGCUGCCGACGGGCUCCUGGUUCCUGCCGCCCGCGACGGGCUGAGCGAGGUGCUGGCCCGUCUGCUGAUGCUCUCCAAGCGCUGCCCCUUCCCCGACGUGAGAGAGAAGAGCGAGGCGAUCCUCAGCGAGGUGCAGGAACUGGGAAUAAGAAUUCCUAGACCACUGGGACACGGACCAAGCAGAUUCAUCCCCGAGAAGGAGACCAUUCAGGUGGGAAACGAGGACGCCGUGAUGCACACGCUGUUUGCUGACUCCUUUGCUGCGCUGGGCCGACUGGACAACGUCACCUUGGUGAUGGUUUUCCACCCACAGUAUCUUGAAAGCUUUCUGAAGACUCAGCACUAUCUGCUGCAGAUGGAUGGUCCGCUCCCGCUGCACUACCGGCACUACAUCGGCAUCAUGGCUGCAGCACGACAUCAGUGCUCUUAUCUGGUUAACCUCCAUGUGAAUGACUUCCUUCAUGUCGGUGGAGACCCUAAAUGGUUGAAUGGUCUGGAAAAUGCCCCUCAAAAACUGCAAAAUUUAGGAGAACUGAACAAAAUGUUGGCUCACCGACCCUGGCUCAUCACCAAGGAACACAUUGAGCAACUUCUAAAGACUGAAGAGAACAGCUGGUCCCUGGCAGAGCUGAUCCAUGCAGUCGUUCUCCUGACUCACUACCACUCCCUUGCGUCCUUCACCUUUGGCUGUGGCAUCAGCCCCGAGAUCGACUGUGAAGGGGGUCACACCUUCAGGCCCCCCUCUGUCAGUAACUAUUGCAUAUGUGACAUCACAAAUGGUUACCACGGGGUGGAGGAAAUCCAGGCCAGCCCAGUUGCAACUAUUCCAUCCACAGAAUCUGUCUGUGAAGUUGAAGCUCUCAUGGAGAAAAUGAAGCAGCUGCAGGAGUGUAGGGAUGAAGAGGAAGCCAGCCAAGAAGAGAUGGCUACACGUUUUGAAAGAGAGAAGAGAGAAAGCAUGUUUGUGUGCUCCUCAGAGGAUGAAGAAUCAGCUCCAGCCAGAGACGUGUCUCGUCACUUUGAGGACACCAGCUAUGGUUACAAGGACUUCUCCAGGCAUGGAAUGCAUGUGCCCACGUUUCGUGUCCAGGACUAUUCCUGGGAGGACCACGGCUAUUCCUUGGUGAACCGCCUUUACCCCGACGUGGGCCAGCUCCUCGAUGAGAAGUUCCACAUUGCCUACAACCUGACUUACAACACCAUGGCCAUGCACAAAGAUGUGGAUACCUCAAUGCUGCGGCGAGCUAUCUGGAACUAUAUUCACUGUAUGUUUGGCAUAAGAUACGAUGAUUAUGACUAUGGUGAAAUUAAUCAGUUGUUGGACCGCAGCUUUAAAGUUUAUAUCAAGACAGUGGUUUGCACUCCUGAAAAGACCACAAAAAGAAUGUAUGAUAGCUUCUGGAGGCAGUUUGAACACUCUGAGAAGGUCCAUGUAAAUUUGCUUCUGGUAGAAGCUCGGAUGCAAGCCGAACUACUUUACGCUCUGAGAGCUAUUACUCGCUACAUGACCUGAUGGCUGCAGCUGCCUGGAGACCUGGGAAUGUGCUGCAGCUGCAGCGUGGCAGAGGAAGAGAGGAAGCCUCAGGACCAACGGUAGCUCUAAGUUAAGAUGCCCAUUGUGCCAUAACUCCUUUAGUUUCAGCUCUUUCCGUGUUUGGAACGUCGCUUGGCAGUCGAGCGGGCGGGGGCCUGCGGAGCGCCGCCCUGCCCCUGCUGUUCCGGCUUUAGACAGCACACAGGACACUCUGUGGCCUUGUGGCAACAUAGCAAAUGAUAGAUACAUAGAUCUUGUGUUAAGGCAAAUCCUAGGGGGAGCUGGAGCCUGACAAGAACUGGGACUUGAUGACAUUUUGCUUUCCCUCCCAGAAUAAUGGUAGAAAAUCUCGAUGCUGCUAUUCUGUGCUGGUGGAGCGAGCAGCCAGAGCCUGCUCCCCUUGAGCUACAAGUGGAAGUGAGCACUGCUAUUGUCUGAGCCUUUCUUGUGGGGGGGUUCAAAACCAAUCCAAAAAAAUAAGCCUUGUUCUUCAGAUUUCUUUUGUCAUCAGAACUAAAGCUCUUCUGUCCACACUGAUCACUUGGAAACGACAGCAGUCAAUUUCUCUCGGGUAGUUUAGCCUUAAAAACGCUCUCUUUGUGUUCAGCGUUCUUUGGUGAGCUCCAAAGUGCAAUGG